AGGCCAUCAUACCCCUUCGUUGUGCUUUGAACUGACCCUUGAGGACGGAGAAGAGGACCCAUAUUUCGCGCCCAAAAGCGGACACACCCUGGCGGUUUCUUUCUUUGAAAUAAGUGCGGGAAACGGCCACUCGGAAUCUCCACUCCACGGUGUACAGACAGUCUCCACUACAGAACUGCGUUAGAAGAAAAGGAGGAAAAAUGCCCGCCGAAUCCAAGCUCGUUCUUCGUUUCAAAAAACUCACCGAACACGCUUUCGCUCCCUCUAAGGGCUCUAAUUGGGCAGCUGGGUAUGAUUUGUGCAGUGCAUAUGAUGAAACCAUUCCAGCUCAGGGUAAAGCCCUGAUAAAAACUGAUCUUCAGAUUGAGUUGCCCGAAGGGUGCUAUGGAAGAGUAGCACCACGGUCAGGGUUAUCAUGGAAGAAUCACAUUGAUGUUGGUGCUGGAGUUAUUGAUAGAGACUACAGAGGCAAUGUUGGUGUCGUACUUUUCAAUCACGCCAAGACCGAGUAUGAGGUUAAGAAAGGUGACCGUGUGGCGCAGCUAAUCUGUGAGAAAAUCUUCUAUCCUGACAUUGAGGAAGUGCAGGAACUGAGUGACACAGAUCGAGGCGAGGGUGGCUUUGGUUCAACAGGAAACCAGUGAGAAGUGAUGUAAUCUUAAGUAAAAUAAAGGCUGUGAUAACUUC